AUGGAUCGUGUUAGCAGUUUACCAGACGAGCUUCUUUAUCAGAUCUUAUCCUUCCUUCCCACGAAGGAUGCUGCUGUGACUUCGGUUCUCUCAAAGAGAUGGCCCAAUCUAUGGAAAUUUAACCCUAACCUUGACAUUGAUGACACUCUCUUUCUCCAUCCUGAAGAUGGUAAAGGAGAAAGGGCAGAGAUUAGACAGAGCUUCGUCGACUUCGUGGACAGUGUAAUUGCUAGGCAGGGUGAUUCUCCUAUCAAGAAAUUCUCCCUAAAGUGCAUCACUGGUGUCCAUCCAGACAUUGUCAAUCGUUGGAUAUGCAAUGUGCUGAAGCGUGGUGUCUCUGAACUUGUCCUCUUCACUGACUUUUCCUUCGAGGAUACGGAAGAAGAUAAUUAUCGUCUGCCUGAAGAGUUGUUCCACAGUCGUACACUCGUUAAGCUAAAGUUAAGAAGUGAACUCUGUGUUGAUUGGUGGUGCCAUGGCGGGACGGAGCGCUAUUCCUUUUCCUUACCAAUGCUUAGGAGUCUUGAUAUGGACUCGGACUAUAUUGUAUGUACUAGUGAUCUUGAGGAAUUUAUUCCUUCUUUCCCUCUGCUUGAGGACUUACGAAUGGCUAACAUUCCGUGGCAUGAAGAGCAUGUAACCGUGACAAGUGCAAGCCUCAGAAAGCUAAACCUCCACGGCAUCGGUUGUUUAGAUGAUGUGAAUCCGAGUAGCGUUUCCUUUGAUUUGCCAAAUCUGCUCUUCUUAAUCUACUUUGAUAUGGUUGCGGAAGACUAUCCAGUGGUUAAUAUGAAGAGUCUAGUUGAUGCUUCGAUCAAUCUUCAAGUAGAUGAUGGUGUGGUCAAGCGACUAAGAGAGCCAAAUAAUGAUUUGUUAGAGGAGGAUGAUGUCCCUGAUGCUGUUCUUCUCCACUUUGGCAAUGUGGUGAAGCUCAUAAAUGGCAUACAACAUGUUCAGAGACUUUCUUUUAAUACUGAUACACUCGAGGUGCUUGCUCUAAUCUGUGACUCGAUGCCAGUGUUCAACAACGUCAAAUUCUUAGGUGUUUCGGGUGAAGAAGGUCGAGGCUGGCAAGCAAUGCCAGCUCUUCUAAGGAACUGUCCACAUUUAGAAACUAUCAUCAUGAAGGGUCUUUUACACGAUGUAACAGAUAAAUGCGGGGAUGCUUGUCCCUGCAUUUCUAGUGAAGACAGAGGACUUUCACUCAAGUCUUGUCCAGUGAAUAGGUUUGAGAUUCAAGGGUUUCGAGGAACAAUGAAAGAGAUGACCAUUAUAAAGCAUUUCUUGGACUUUUUGCCGAGUUUGAAGAGGUUUGACGUCUUCAUUGAAGAUGAUGAACCUACACAGCUCAGAAACGCUGAACUGUCUAACUGUGUCACGGAGAUGUUCAAACUCUACGACAAGUUGUUUCCGAGUAGCAAUGUCCAGCUCCUGCAAUCUACCAGACGAGCUUCUUCAUCAGAUCUUGUCCUUCCUUCCACAAAGGAUGCUGCUGUGACUUCGGUUCUCUCAAAGAGAUGGCUCAAUCUGUGGAAAUUCAAUCCUAACCUUGACAUUGAUGACACUCUCUUUCUCCAUCCUGAAGAUGGUAAGGGAGAAAGGGCAGAGAUUAGACAGAGCUUCGUCGAUUUCGUGGACAGUGUACUUGCUAGGCAGGGUGAUUCUCCUAUCAAGAAAUUCUCCCUAAAGUGUAUCACUGGGUCCAUCCAGACAUUGUGA